AUGUUUCUUGAGACAUCUUCCCGUGCUGCCCAGGAGCUUGGUGGAGGACAGGAGACUUUUAUGGCAAUUGGCACGGCGGGAUGGGAAAUUGGACCGGUCACGGCGCUGCUGAGGUAUGCCGAGUCGGACAGGCGCGCCAAAAGGCAUGGCGAAAUCUCACCACUCGACUGCCGCCUUAUCACUCGCCGGCUCAACGAGCUGCCCAGGAGGCUAGGACCCAAGGUGCCCCCAAGACGCUCCAACAUGUGGCUCGCCGCUCUGUUCUGCUGGCAAUGUCUUGGCAAAGUUCCCCUUCGCUCUGUGUGCCAAGGGAUGGAACUGGACGAAGUGAAUCUCAAGCUGGGACACGCCCCUCCAAGGCCUCCCCCCCAAGCUCCAAGGAACAGUCGCCCAGGGGCCAAGACCGCCAAGACAACAGCAUCGUGA